GGUUAAAUUUGUAAAAGUUGGAGGGAAAAACCUCACUCCGCAGCCGCCCAAGAGGCGGCCAUGUCCGGGAUCUCUUUCUCACACAAACCUCAACAUUGAUUAGGGUUUUAGAAUACACUUGUGGUCUUGCUGUAUUAUUGUUGCUGUUAGGGCAAAUCUGAACAUGAGUAGCAGUAGAAGCUCCAGGGAAGAUUCUCCAGACUGGCUCCGUUCUUUUCAGGCACCAACUCAGUCGGCUCUGACCAUAUCAUCGGGGUCUGUGUCCCCUCUAAGUGAUGAUGAGGAUGAAGUCGACCUCAACAAGUUGUUUCAGAAAGAAAGGUCAGAUGGUCAGGUUGCAGGACAUUCUCAAGCUGAUCAGAAGACUUUAAAAACCAGUGCUCCAGGUAAAAACCAGAAAGCUGAGCUGCAAACACCACGGAGGAAGAGAAAAAAAGAAAGGGAAGAUCAUUGUGCAAGAGGAGGAGAAAGAAGGGCAGAAAAGCGAGCAGCUGAAACAAGAGCAUCAGAAAUGCCUAUUGCACCUAGUGAACCAAAUGAUUCAGUUUGGACAUUGUCUUCAGAUUCUGAUUCUUUGCCUGACUCCAAGCCUGUAAGUAGAGAUGUUCUCUUUGAUAAGAAGAUUGAUGGGAGUGAUAAAACUGAAUACAAACAAAAGGAAAUAUUUGAGGUUGCAAUUCCUUGUGAUGAUGGAGAAUCUUCAUCACAGGAUGCUUUAAUUACAAAAACACUAAACAAGAAGCUGAAAUGCGAAGGUGAUAAACCUUCUACACCAGAAAAAGUACAUUUGCUCAAGAACAGAGAAACUGUUGGAGACCUGGACAUUGAGGAAAAUUUGUCUGAGAAGUGUAGUGGGCUUCAUGCCUCCUCCAGGUUGCCUUUGGUGCUCACCGAGAAAGUACAACACUCAAAGGCACUUGUGGAGUGUGAAGGUGAUUCAAUUGAUUUAAGUGGUGAUGUGGGUGCUGUUGGCCGUGUGGUUAUCUCAGAUGACUCAUCUGGAAAUCAUGAGAUAUUAUUGGAUUUGAAAGGAACCAUAUACAGAACAAAUAUCCUUCCUUCCAGAACAUUUUGUGUGGUCAGCUUUGGUCAAUCAGAAGCCAAGAUAGAGGCUAUCAUGAAUGACUUUAUCCAGCUAAAACCACAAGCCAACUUUUACGAGGCAGAAACCAUGGUCGAAGGUACUCUGGAUGGAUUCUCAUUUGAUUCAGAAGAGGAGGUGGAUAAUUUGCCUAAAGCUCUAAACAAUCAAGGUGAGGGUGCCAUGGAACAGUGCAAAGGGAAAAUCAGACAGAAAGCUGAGAAAGUGUCGGGAGCACUGCAAAAGCAGAGCAAGACCGGCGGAGGAAAGAAAGUGAAAAGGAAAGCUCAAGCUCCAAGGAAAAGCAGGACCAAGAAAUGAGAGCACUUCAUGUGUUAAUGUAUAAUAUCUGCGGACAUGUGAGGAUAAUUUUAGGGGUAGCAAGUGAUUCAAUUCUGAGAUUUAAAGGAAACGGAUUAAGCUCACUGUACUCUACCCUUAAUCUUGCAAGGGAAGAAGAAUAAUCAGCAGUUGAUUAAAAGUUAUAAACAAACUGCAUCAGUACUUCAUCAGAUAACAAAACAUAUUGGUGGAUUAUCGUCUUCUUAAGACGAAAGCCGGAAA